CAAUAAUGGAGAAGCCAACGUACCUCGUCCGCCGAUUUAAUUACAAGUGAACGAACCGCAACCGGUUCGUCGUGCCGCGCGUUUGCUUCGGGAGUGCCGUUAAAGUUAUCGGACUCAAGUUAUGGUCCGCGCGCGAUUAUAGUGCACUAUUCGCGAGUGUUUUACGGGAGUGGAUGUCAAUCCAAUUCUGAGAGGAGGAGAAGGGAGAGACAUCGGGCACCGGCGGAGCAUUUACCUUGCAAAUUAUCGACGUUGCAGAUAACUCCACUGUUGCGCAUCGGGAUGAUAACGAUGUUCAGAACAGACAGCUGAGAGACAUGCCGCUAUCGAUGAAUGGCUGUCAGAAAAAAUUUGCUCGCAUUCUAGAAGACUCGAGCGAGGAAUUGUCUUCUCAGUCGCAUGAAGCCAUCCCUCUCUGCGCACGACACACAAAGUUACGCACGCAUGACCCAGAGCAGUACACAACCUAACUGUAGCAAGAAUAAAAGCAUGUCGAGCUUGGAACGCGAUCAGCUGGGCCAACGAGGAAGCGGCGACACGGUCUCCGCUGGUCUUCUGCGUGGCCUCGAUCACAUUAGAGAUCCGCACUUGAACAAGGGUAUGGCGUUCAGUAUUGAGGAAAGGCAGAUACUGGGUAUACAUGGUCUUCUACCGGCAGCCGUAAAAACCCAAGAAGAACAGUUAGAGCUUUGUCGUCUUAAUCUGGAACACUACACGGAUGAUCUCUCAAAAUACAUAUAUCUCAUAGGCCUACUGGAUAGAAACGAGAAACUCUUCUACCGUUUGUUGGCAGAAGAUGUAGAUAAAAUAAUGCCAUUGGUAUAUACGCCGACCGUGGGUUUAGCAUGUCAGAAAUUCGGUCUGGUUUACCGUAGGCCGCGUGGCCUUUUCAUAAGCAUUCACGAUAAAGGCUAUGUCUAUGACGUUUUGAAAAAUUGGCCCGAACACGACGUACGAGCAAUCGUUGUCACGGACGGUGAGAGAAUAUUGGGAUUGGGUGACCUAGGUGCUCACGGCAUGGGCAUUCCCGUAGGUAAAUUGUCAUUGUAUACCGCAUUAGCUGGUAUCAAACCCCAUCAUUGUUUGCCUAUCACUUUGGACGUCGGCACUAAUACCCAGUCUUUGUUGAAUGAUCCCCUAUAUAUCGGUCACAGACACAAACGUGUUACUGGACAAGAGUAUGACGACUUCGUGGACGAAUUUAUGAAGGCUGUUGUGAAGCGAUUUGGUCCGAAUACGUUAAUUCAAUUCGAAGACUUCGGAAAUGUUAAUGCGUUCAGAUUGCUUCAAAAAUAUCACAAGGAAUAUUGCACCUUUAAUGAUGAUAUUCAGGGUACCGCCUCUGUCGCUGUUGCCGGGUUAUUGGCAUCACUUCGUGUUACGCAGACAAAGCUCUCAGAGAAUACAAUCGUAUUUCAGGGUGCUGGAGAGGCGUCAUUAGGUAUCGCGGCAUUGUGCGUGAUGACAAUGCUAAAAGAAGGAAUAACUAAGGAAGAAGCUAAGAGCAAAAUUUGGAUGGUAGACUCGAAAGGAUUGAUAGUGAAAGAUCGUCCAAAAGGCGGACUGACGGAGCAUAAAUUGCACUUUGCUCGUGAGGAUAAGCCAAUCGACACUCUGUUCAAUGUUGUUAAGACCGCCAAACCUUCGGUUAUUAUUGGCGCAGCUGCUAUCAGGGGUGCCUUCACAACAGAAAUAUUGAGGGAAAUGGCGCGUAUCAAUGAGAGACCCAUUAUUUUCGCUCUGAGUAAUCCAACGAGCAAAGCAGAGUGCACCGCGGAAGAAGCAUAUAUUGCUACAGAGGGAAGAUGCUUAUUCGCAAGCGGCUCGCCUUUUCCACCAGUCACAUAUAACAAUAAAACUUACUAUCCUGGUCAAGGUAAUAAUAGUUACAUAUUCCCUGGAAUCGCGCUGGCCGUAAUAUGCGCUGGUAUGCGCACCAUUCCCGAGGAAACUUUCCUUAUUGCUGCGACGGCUCUCUCCGACUUGGUAACGCAAGCCGAUUUGGACAGCGGUAAUCUUUACCCACCAUUGGCCGAUAUACAGAAAUGUUCGUUGUGUAUAGCAUGUGCAAUCAUGAAAUAUGCUUAUGAAAAAUCUCUAGCAACUGUCUAUCCGGAGCCUUCAGAUUACGAGAGUUUUAUCAAGGCACAAUUAUACGAUCCAAGCUAUAAAUCGGCAAUUCCUCCAGUUUAUUCAUGGCCAACAAUAGAAUUCUUUGGGAAUCUUCCUCGCUUUUUUAAAGUCUGUUGACCGGGCUUAUUUCUAACAAGUAUGUGCAAACGUGAUCAAUAUUUAAUUAUUAAAAUUCGCAAGAAUGAAUUUGUGUUUAA